AUGCUCACUUCGACUUCGACUUCUCCCCCCAUGGUCAUGUCGACUUCGGGGAUCCUCAAGAUUCGCAUUGUCUUUGAAUCGGACGCUCGCAUCCCGCACCCCCGGUUGUCAGAAGAUGCUCAAGAUCUACUUUUUGCUUGCCCCCAGUUUCCAGGAGACGCUCGAGAUUUACUGUUUGCUUGUUUCACACAUAAAGGGAGCAAGCCCCACCAGGACGCCAAAGAUAUUGUAUUUUACAAUGACCCUGAUGAUAUUAUCCCACUUGGCACUCCGUCCUCUGCCCAGCCAACACUAUCUACCACUCCCACAGGCUCAGACGCCUUCUCAGUGCUGCUGAAGGCUGGGCGCAAACCAGCACCGGUUACUGCAGGUGCUCGUCGCUCCAUUCGGACAUUCAAGCCUUCUGCUCGCCUCCGCGAUGCCGACAACGCUUGCUCUCACCCAUCAUCCUCAAACAGCUCAACAGCCCGCAAACGUGCAUUAUCUAGUGCGACCGAGCGGCUAGUCAGCAAAAAGGUCGCAUUGCAGCUCUCAGCCCCGUUAUCUGAUGAUGACGACUUUCACGCGGCUGGUGCCGAUACGGAUACUGACACUGAUCCUGGCACUGGCCACACUGGCCACUCUGAGUCAGUCGAAGAUGAGGACGCACCCGAAGAUGACGAUGCGCCGACAGCUGAAGACGAACCUGACGACGAACCUGACGAUGAACCUCAAGACUCAAACAUCCGAGCCACUCUGUCAAAGAGUGAGCGCACUGCUGAUGUUCGCACUGUCUUCACUCGCAAUGACAAGGAAUGGGGAGCAUAUAGGAAUGGGCACCUUUCUGCAGCAGUAGAGGCUGAGGGCCAUGCAGCUUCGUUGGACAAGUAG